UAGCUGCGGCUGUUGGUACUGCUCCAUAUCUUGGCGCAGAAGCGGCUAUCUGCGCGGGGACUUGGGGUGACCACUCUCUGAGCAUUACUUGUUUGGAUCCAGAUUGAUUCCCAUCAGCUGUUUCAACAAUGCAUGUAGGCGCCACCAAUGUUUAUGGACUGCUUCUCUUGAGCCUGCUAACGUGUCUAACGUUGACUUCGGGCGCUCCGGGGUCUCCCCUGGACCAGGAGUGGACCAACUACGUGGACGCACCUCCCAGGUCCACUGAGAACCCGGUCUCACUCAGAAGCCUCAUGAAGUCACUCUUCAGAUUCAACUUGCUGAGGAAACCCGAAGUCGAAGAACUGCCAAACUCAGGACUUCUCACUGACACUGCAACCACUCCUGAGGGUAUAUCCAGUAUCGAAGCCGAGUUGAUAUCUUCUAUCUCACCUCCUCUGGUAGACGAUACCCCUGACCUCUGGCACAUCCCUGCACAUCUGGAGCGUGACAAGAGCCACAAGUUCACUCACUCCUUCAGGUUUGGCUAUGGGGCACUCCACUGACCACACUGUUGUAGCCCAACUGCCACUGUAGCUUAUAUUGUAUCAUGUGGCAAACAUGCUUUGAAUGUAUGUUUACAGUGAGAAGUUAGUAUGUAGAAGGCGUACAAGUUCUAUUAAUUUAUUACAUAGCUUUGAAAGAAAUCUGACAACUGCACUCACACUCAUAGCAGACUAAUUGAGUGUGAUUGUACACCUGUUCGUAUAUUCGCCGGUCUUAAACCCCAAACCCCAUAGUCAAUUCCUGUAUAAUUAUAUAUAUUUGCAAUUAUAUUUAUAUCAUGAAAGCAUAACUUCUUAUUGAUUCAGGACAAAAUUAAAAACCACGUCUUGAAUAGAUUCAUUGACUAAUAAGGUGACUAUUCAAAAUGUGCAGUUCUUAUCCAAGAUGUUAAGCAUCUUAGAACAAAAUUCAAAUAAAAACAAAUGUACUCCUAGUAUAUUAAAGGAUCAUAAAUUAAUUUAAGCACAACAUAUAUUCUCUGCACAUGCAUUAAAUAAGUGCAUGGAGAAGUGCACUUCGUAUGCAAACUGCAUUCACUUCAUUUUAUUACCAUAGGUCAAACACAGAUUACAAUCCAAUAAUAAUACUUAUUCAAUAUCUAUUCAAAUCAAAGGAUAGAGAAUUUUAAUAAAAUAAUUUAUAUUCAAAUAGUGAUAGCCACUGGAACAUUUAUAGAUAUACAUAUAUCUACUCUUGCUAAGUUAGGAUCAAAAAAGAUAUUUUCUAACCGUAAUGUGUUUUAGAAUUCUUAGGUAUUUACAGCUUGCGUUAUUAUAAGUUUUUUACAUCCCUUUGGCUUUACCAAGCUUAUAAGAAUUAUACAAUAACACAGAAACAAUACAAAUGAACGUAAUCAAUAAUUACUGUAAUUCCUAACUGAUUCAAAAUUCAUCCAAACCUGUUUUGUAAAUAGUAACAUUCUCAUUUUUUAGAGUGGUUUUUUAUUUUUAUCAAACUUAAAACAUUUUUAGAAACUAAACACAAUUUAAAUGACAACGGAAAUUGUUCACACAAGCUUGCAGUUGUUCAAACAGUAUAGGUGCAGUUAAAAGGAUAUUGUAAAGGGUAUAAUUAUACAUAAUUUAUUUAACAUCAAAGAGAAAAAUUGUGAAAUUAGCAGGUUAUUUACAUUAACUUGUAAUUUUGCACUUUUUUAUAUUUUGUAAGUUGCAAUAGUUUUAAGAUUGCAUCCAUUUACUACUUUGAGAAGUAUACGAUUACAACAGAAUUUUAAAAUUGUAAAUACCAUAAUCUUUUCACAAAAUGCGGUAAGAUUGUAUUUAAUACGUCCUGAACAAGUUUAAACACUUCUCCAACCUUAAUUUCAAUAUAAGAUUCUGUAUCGAGCUCAAUAUUACUAAUUUGUGACAAAAACUUUCUCUGAUUAAAGAAUUUAAAUGAUGGGGUCAUACAUUUACACACACAUUAAUCUAUGUUAUUAUCCCAAUAUUUUACAUGAUUUGUUGAAUAUUUUUUCACUGCCACUGUAGUAAGUAGAGAUUGUUACUAUAUCUGUCUCUUGAUUAUUGCAGGAGAGAUGUCAGUGUAAAAUUAAUUCCUAGGCGAAAUGAAAAGAAGUUUACAAGCAGAAAACUGUUAUCUAUCUCUCUUUCUUUCAUUAAUGAUUACUAAAUUACUAAAUGCAACAAGAAGAUGUAUAUUUUUUGCAUGAUUCUGGUAAGAAAUGCAAGUAUUUGAUUAGGUAUUUGUCUGAUUUUACAAUAUUUACUAGAUUGCAAAUAAGACAAUUUUUAUUGAUUAAUUUAUUACUAAACGGUUUAUCAUGAUCCAAUAAACUUUAUAUGUUUUUAGUAGAAUUUUUAAAAUGAAAAAAAUGCAAAGUGCUAUUCCACUAUGAAACCAUUAAUUCAAAUGAGUUUAGUGGUAAAUGAAAGAGAGUUGUUCGAGAUUUCCCUUACGAGUACGGGAUUUCCUCUUAAGAGAUAAAGUUUUUUGUUUCUUUUAAUGUACAAAGUAUGUAUAUUACUUAGUAAAUAUUUAGGUUUUGUAUGUAAAAAAUUUUGAAAUCAUAAUUUUAAAAGAGAAUUAUUGCUAGUUACCUUGCAAGUUAUACUUGGUUAUUCAUUUGAAGAGCUAUACAAACUGACUGUUUAGUUAACAGAUAAACAUCUCAUAUUUAUUUGUAAUGUGUAUCAAAAUAACAUAAUGUCUAAGUUAUGUGUAUACAGUGCCAUGUUAAUUAUAAUAUUAUGCUAAUAAAAAGUGUUUUCAUA